AUUCUGGUGGCAUUUACAGAAGGAAGGAGAUAGCAGACUGACAAGGCUCCUCCACAGUACUGAAUACCAUGGGCUGGCACGAUGGUUGCAUUCGUUGUAUGGUUGGAGUUCCAGUUGCUUCAGUCAUUGCUACUGUCCUUUGUUUCGUCGGGGUUGCCCUGUUCUGUGGAUGUGGUCAUGAAGCUCUCAGUGGAUCUGAAAAACUGAUUGAGACCUACUUCUCCAAGAACUACCAGGAAUAUGAAUAUCUAAUUCAUGUGGUCAAUGCCUUCCAGUAUGCAAUUUAUGGAAUUGCCAUCUUCUUUUUCUUGUUUGGAAUUCUACUCCUGGCUGAGGGAUUUUAUACCACUACUGCAAUCAAACACAUUCUGGGGGAGUUUAAGCCGCAAGCCAUAAAAGGGGGUCUUAUCUCUACUGUCACAGGUGGACCACCCAAAAGCAGAGGUCCGCGUUCAAGACAUCCAGUCCACACCUUAGAACUGCUUUGCCGUUGUCUAGGGAGGUGGCUGGGACAUCCUGACAAGUUUGUUGGCGUUACAUACACUGUCACCAUCUUGUGGAUUCUUAUCUUUGCUUGCUCGGCUGUUCCUGUCUACAUUUAUUUCAACACCUGGGUCACUUGCCAGUCUAUUGCAGUUCCAGCAAAAACCUCAGCUGGCAUUAGUAAUCUGUGUGCUGAUGCACGCAUGUAUGGAGUCCUACCAUGGAAUUCAUUCCCAGGGAAAGUGUGUGGAACCAGUUUGCUUGCAAUCUGCAAAACCAGUGAGUUUCAGAUGACAUUCCACCUUUUCAUUGCUGCCUUUGUGGGUGCAGGUGCAACUCUUGUGGCUCUGCUCACAUAUAUGAUAGGUGCAUCUUUCAACUAUGCUGUGCUUCGAGUUACUGGCCGAAGCGAUCGAAAGUUUUAGACUCCAAGAUGAGGACUGAGUAAAAAUGUCUUCAACAAUGUCCAUAACAUAUUUUUAUCCUCUUUAUUUUAAUGUUGGGGUUUUAAUAACGUAUCUGGUAGCUUCUGUAGCUGGUCUGCCCUUUGUACCCAAUUUUAUUUUGCACAUACCUUCCAGUAAAGGUGGCCAUAUAUUAUAAGGGCUGAUGUCAUGGCGUGACUGCCAACACAAAAGAUCUCUGUCAUAUCUGCUAAAUUUAUAAAAUAAUGCAUAUACUCACAUCUCGGAGAUUGCACACUGAUAGUCAUUUCUGAUUUGCAUGUUCUCAUUAGACAACAUAAUCAAAGCUUUUGGGCCGAUCUAUAAAAGAAGUUUGCAGUGGUCUAAAAUUAUCUGUUUACCCUUAUAAACUGUAGACUUUAACUCUGGAAAUGGUGUUAUUGUAUUUUUCAAUCCUAAGUACAGCUAGUAUGAAUCUAAAGCAAAAGAGGUACUCAGGUGGAAACCGCAAAAAUACAAAUCAAAGUAUGUAUCACAUAAGAAACCAAUAUAGCUAAUUUUCUUUGCUCUACAAUGACCAUAAUCUAUUUAUGUAAAAAUAGUUUAUAUUUACUAGUUGACUAACAAUGUAUCAGUUUACCAUUUUUACAACAUAUCACACCAAUUUACUGCAACAGUUUAUUAAAGGGUUAUUUCAUGCCUGGAAUAUAAAUCCCAACCCCCCUGAGACAGUUCUCACCAAGGAAACAAAGCAGCCUGCCAUUUAUUUCAUACUCUACCUCUCUGGACCCAUAUAUGCGCUUGUAGUAAAUGCUCGGUCUAAUAGCUACUAGAAUUCUAAAAGUAGGAACCGUGAAUAAGGCAUGCUAUUCAUCUACCCAAGUUUUAAUAUUUAUUUAAUUAUUCAUUUAUUUCAUUCAUUAUAAUAAAGCAUCAAUUACAUUUUGUUAAAUUUAGCCAUGCACGAGUGUGAGAGUAUGUCGCCGAAUGUGACAGUGAUCAAUUUGUUUGCCAGUCAGCCUGAAUCACCAGUACUUUGUACAAGAUAAGACUGUCUUUGUUUAACCUUGCCUAAAGGGGUUAUGCACCAAUUCACUGACCUAUCCUCAGGAUAGAACAUCAAUAUCCGAUUGACGGGUGUCUGACACCCGCCAUCCCCACUGAUCAGAUGGUUAAAGAAGAGAUGGCACUCCGUGCUAGUGUUGCCUCCUCUUCAUUACACUACGAGUCGUCUCCCUUGCAGAGGCGGCGUAUUGUAAUUACGUAUUACAAAUAAUCGUAUUACAAGUACUCGCUCCAUUCAAAUAAAUAGAAUGAGUACUACAGUGUAAUGGACAGGAAGUGGAGCUGGCAUGGAGUGCUGCCUCCUCUGCAAACAACUAACGGCGGGUAUGCCGGGUGUCGGACCCCACCGAUCAGAUAUUGAUGACCUAUCCUGAGGAUAGGUCAUCAAUAUUACUGACUGCACAACCCCUUUAACUCCUUUAGCACAUAAAAAAAAAUCCUGAAUUGUAUGAAUGAUGUUAAUGAAAUUGUAAUGAAAAUCUAAUAAUUUAUAGAAAUAUAUAUGUAAAAUUUUCAGAUCCUGAUAUUAGUUAUUAUAGAUGGAGACACUUUCCUAUGCACAGUUAUUAGUCAGCAUACUACAAGGAUACCACAACCAGCCUGAUACAACAGGAGUAUAGUUGGCUUUUAGCACAAUAGCACAUGGUAAUACAAUGCCGUAAAAAGGUCUCUAUACUUUAGUAAUAAAGCUUAUCAUAAAUCUAUAAAUAUAAUUAAAUAUUGGCUGUGUUCACACUGGUGCUGUUCUUCAUUCCAUUUGGGUUUUAACAUUUUGGAUGGGAAGAAUAAGUAAAUAUAAAGUGCAAUUGUUGAGAAAAAGACUUAACUCACCCAAUCAGAACUCGUUUUUUUUUUUUUUUUUUUUGUGGUAUGGGAUCCAUCAAGAUCUGUUUUCAAUACAUGGAUCCAUCAAAGCUGUCAGGAACAGAAGCCAUGUUAAGAAUGGAAGUCAAGUGAACAGUGUAUUUAUAUCAAGUGUAUUUAUUAUAAUACACUUGGAUCUACUUUUAAUAAUAAAUCCUCAUUGAUAUGUACAGUACAAGGAAAAUAAAAGUAUACAAGAACCUGUCCCUCUAAUAUUCUCUAUAUUUAUAUGUAAUUUCAUGUUUACAAUGUAGAAGCCAUUUACCGUAGUUAUUCACCGACGAGCUACACUUCACUUCCGCUAGCAGAACGCCAUUCUCCUAGAAAAGAUGAAUGAGAAAACGCACAAUUCUAGUUCACUAAAAGGGCUACCACUUCUACUAGUAUUCUUCCUCUAAUUAUAAAUUAGAAUUCAUGGCUUCAAUUAAUUCCUAUUUUAUAUAGCAUCUGAUGUAUUCCAAGAAAUGACAACUAUAAAUACAUGAACUAUACAUUAGGUUGUGUGUUGGAAAAAGUUCUCCACUGAGACAGAAUUUACAUUAAUUGUCUACACGGGACCUUGUGAGAAUUUUACAUAUAUAAUUUCUAAUGUAGAAAAAAAUAAAAUUCCUUUUCUUGACAGCAAGUUUGUCAAUAUAAUCAUAACUUGUAAUUCUGUAUGGCGUCUAUUUAUAACUGUAAAGUUAAGUGGGACAUAGGGCAGACGCAUUUAUAGUACUUUUAGUGCAGUCUAGAUAUCUGGUAUGAGGGUUUACAGAUUUGGGCUAGGAAUCUGAUUACAGAUGAGCCAUGAAUCCCCUCACAUCUAUCCUCUUCCACUAAUGUUGCUCAAAUAUACAGCAUAGGAGCCUACAGUAGGGUCGUUUAGUUACAGAAGACAAUUGUGGAACCUGUAAGGAAUACAGACGUGGACAAAAUUGUUGGUACCCU